CACAAAAGAAAAGAUAACAAACACUUUUACAACUCAAACGCUCUUGGAUUCUUUCUCUUCUCACCACAAACUCACACCUUCCCUUAUCGAAUCCUCACAAAAAUAUAUCCACUUCAAAACACACCAUUCACUCUCACUCUCACUCUCUUUACCAUGGCCAAAUCCACAAAAACAACAACCGAACCCACAUGGAACCAACUCUUAGGAACCAACAACUGGGAAGGUUUAUUAAACCCACCAAACAUUCACCUCCGCAACCUCAUACUCCGUUGCGGUGACUUCAUACAAACAACCUACGACGCCUUCAACAACGACCAAAACUCUAUCUACUGCGGCUCAAGCCGUUACGGAAAAUCAUCAUUCUUCCACAAAGUCAUGCUUGAGAAUCCAACACACUACACUGUUGUUACUUUCCUUUAUGCUACAGCACGUGUCUCCGUUCCCGAAGCCUUUAUUCUUCGGUCGCGAUCACGUGAGUCAUGGGACCGUGAAUCUAACUGGAUCGGUUACAUCGCUGUUAGUUCUGAUGAAAGGACAAAAGAAUUGGGUCGGCGUGAAAUAUAUGUGGUGUGGCGUGGUACCACUAGAGACUAUGAAUGGAUUAACGUAUUUGGUGCUGCUCCUGAGUCUGCUUCUGGAUUGUUGAGUGCUAAAACUCUCAGCGAGUUCAACUUAUCAAACAACAAAAAUGGGGACAGUAGCAGCAGCAGCAGUGAUGAUGAGGAUGAUAACAAUAUGCCGAAAGUAAUGAAGGGUUGGCUAACAAUCUACACCUCAGACGACCCAAAAUCCCCAUUCACAAAAACAAGCGUCAGAACACAGGUUCUUAACAGCAUAAAAAGUUUGGUAACCCUUUACAAGGACGAGAAUCCAAGUGUGGUACUAGUCGGACAUAGUCUAGGUGCAAGUUUGUCAAUUGUGAGUGCUUUUGAUUUGGUUGAAAACGGUGUAACAGACAUUCCCGUUACUGCUUUUGUAUUUGGGUCCCCACAAGUUGGAAACAAAGCAUUCAAUGAGAGGUUCAAAAAGUUUCAAAAUUUGAAGGUUUUACAUGUGAGGAAUGUGAUUGAUCUUAUACCACAUUAUCCAGGGAAGUUAUUAGGGUAUGAAUAUACAGGGGUUGAGUUAGAGAUCGAUACGAGGAAAUCGCCAAGUUUGAAGGAUUCGAAGACUCCAGGUGAUUGGCAUAAUUUGCAGGCUAUGUUGCAUAUUGUGGCAGGGUGGAAUGGGAGUGGUGGUGUGUUUGAGAUGAAGGUGAAGAGAAGUUUGGCUUUGGUGAAUAAGUCUUGUGAUUUUUUGAAGGAGGAGUGUCACGUGCCUGGAUCGUGGUGGGUGGAGAAGAAUAAAGGUUUUGUGCGUAGAGAGGAUGGAGAAUGGGUUGAUCAACCAGCUGAGGAGGACUUGCCUGCGCCUGAGCAAGAUUGACUCUGUCUAUGCUUAUAUGCAAAUAAUUUGUGUUACCAUGCUAUACCCAUAUAUCAUGUAUAAUAUUGUGCUGUGCUUUGUGUUGUUUGUUAACUACUCUAUUUCAACAAAUAGUUAAUGAUAUUUUACACCCUUUUCUCUAAA